AUGUUUAAACUAUCAUUUAAAAGAGGAGCUUUAUUAUCUCGUUCAUCAAUUCCAUCAAUUCCAUCAAUUCCAUCAUUUAGAACAUAUUUAACUUCAUGGCCUGCUAUAUCAUCAUUACCUAGAUUAUUACCAGUAUUAACAAGAGACAUUAUUGAUUAUAAUUGGAUAAAUGAAGAAAAAUCAAUUAAUGAAUAUUUAAAAACAAAAGAAGAAUCAAAUAAAUAUAUAGUAACAAUAAAUGACCCAAAAAUUAAAGAUAAGACUUUGACAUUAAAAUAUUUAAAAUAUGAAAAUGCUUUAUUAGUUAAUAUUAAACAAAAUAUUAAUAAUUUAAAUAAAAAUAGUGAACUGAUUUAUCAAAGUUUAUUUGAACUGAAAUAUUAUUUUAAUCAACCAAUAAAUUACAAACAAAUUAAAGCUAAUAAUGAAAAAGAUGAAGGAAUUAUUGAAAUUACAAUACCAAAAUUACAAGAUUCAAAAGAAGAUGAAAAUAUAAUCAAUAUUCCUUUUAAGAGUUCACACUGUAGUAGUAAUAAUAGUAGUAAUAAUAAUAAUAAUAAUAAUAGUAGUAAUACUAAUAGUAAUAAGAAUAUUAAUUCGUAA